AUGCCCGAAACCUACCACGGCCACCCAGACUACGCCUACGCCCGCGACUUCGUCGGCUACGGCGAGCCCGGCCUAAAGCUAGCCUGGCCCAACAACGCCAAAAUCGCGGUUAGCUUCGUGAUCAACUACGAAGAGGGCGGCGAACGCUCCGUCCUCGAAGGCGACGGCGUCUCCGAGUCAAACCUGCGCGAGAACCCGACCGGACCCCAGAGCAUCAACGAGCGCAACUACAACGCCGAAAGCGAGUACGAGUACGGCAGCCGCGCAGGAUGGUGGCGGCUCUUCCGGCUAUUCCAGAAGCACGGGAUGAAGUUCACGCUGUAUGCGGUUGCGCGCGCGCUGGAGCAUAACCCCGACGUUGCGAAGCGGUGCGUUGAAGAGGGACAUGAUGUCGCGAGCCACGCGUACCGCUGGGUCAAUUACCAUGAUUUCAGCAUCGAGAAGGAGAAGGAGUAUAUCCGGCGCGCUGUUACGAGUCUGAAGAGCCUGACGGGGUACGCGCCGAAGGGGUGGUACUACGGACGGCCGUCUCCGCAUUCGCGCACCCUCGUCCCGCAGGUGUAUAAAGAGAUGGGCGAGGAGUUGCUCUGGGCGAGCGAUACAUACGCCGACGACGUGCCCUACUGGAUCGACCUCCCCUCUGAAUCUGGACUCCCGGACGCAGAAGCGAAGGGGUGCCUGAUGAUCCCGUAUUCCUACGACUGCAACGACUUCAAGUUCCACGUGCCGGGGUCGGGGUUCCGUGAUCCAGCGGGGUUCCUGACGCAUCUGAAGAAUGCGUUUGAUGUGCUGUACCAGGAGGGGGAGGAGGGUAGUCCCAAGAUGAUGACGGUCGGUCUGCAUUGUCGGAUUAUUGGGCGGCCGGGGCGGUUUAAGGCGUUGCAGGAGUUUGUCGAGUAUAUUGGGGAGAAGGAGGGGGUGUGGGUUGCGACGAGGACGGAGAUUGCGGAGACUUUUCGGGAGGGCUUUCCGUAUAGACGUGGGGUUCUUGCGGAGGCAAAGGAGUAG